AUGUCUCUCGUGACAGCCACCUCUGGCUUUCCUUCAGCGACGACCACACUUGGUGCCUCUGUCGCUAUAAUUACACCUAGACUUACAACGACGUUUACACCAACAGCUGCAAUAUGUACCGGGAACCAUUUAACGAUGUUGGCGAACAGGGAGUUCGAAAUUUGGAUGAAUAUGCCUGUCCCAGUUCCGGGCACGACAAUGACGGAUUGUUAUCCAGAUCAAUUUAUGCAGAGCUUUUUGAGUGCAGCAGGAGGAAUUACACAACCAGCUUUCGACCCCUUAGUUUGUCCACAGAGCUAUAGUGCCGUCGGACCGUACACUUCCAAUUAUAUAGCUUGUUGUCCCAGUGGCUAUUCUUUCGCUCAACCAAAAACAACGCCAUUUUCAGACAGGCCGGCAUAUGGUGGGACAUGCUAUACUAACAUUGAGAUGGCAACUCCUGUGUUGGUGACUGCAUAUGGGUCGUCCGGCAUAACGGCAACAACUACAUAUUCCGCAACAAAUACUUUAGCUCAAGCAUAUGCUUAUCCAUAUGAAGGAAAGGCUUUUGGGGUUGCUCAAGUUGCAAGCAUCACUCCAGCACCUUCUGCUGGCAGUCCCACGUCCAUUUUAAGCGAUGCAUCAACAGCGAACAUGGCAUCUGGAACAUCUGGGAAGACAUUUACAGUCAUCGCUGCUGCAGGACCAACAUUUAUUCCAAGUGUCAUGAAUGCGAAAGUCGGGGACCAAAUUGUCUUCGAAUUCUCCUCUGGAAAUCAUUCGCUUACCCAGUCCACAUUCAACUCACCUUGUAGUCCACUUAUCAACGGGUUUGAUUCUGGAUAUAUGGGAAGCAAUGCGGGUGAGAGCAAAAUUAUGGUCAAUGUUUCCACAGCUCAAUUUUUCUUUUCAAAACAAAGCUCGGAUUGCAGUGAGGGCAUGGUAUUUUCGCUAAACCCAACAAACGCCGAACCAGCAGCUGCUUUCCAGGCCAAAGCGAUAGCUCAACCAUCACCUUUAGUUUCGUCCGGUAUGUCAGCUGCCGUAAAGGCAGGGAUCGCGCUUGGCUGUAUUUGCGGGUUCGGGAUUCUACUUCUGAUUGCUCUCUUCUUUUUGCGCAAACGCAGACAAGUAAUGGCGGAUUCUGAGAAUGCGAAAGAUGGAAGCGAAUCUUCAGAGUCAUUCCAUGCUCCCUCACCUACAACGCUCGGAUCUGCGCAUACCAGAAAUUAUCCAAACAAUUUAAGUCCAAUUGAUACGAUGACCAGCCCCAUAGGGCCGUCUCUUCGGCCGUUCCCUCCAGCACCACGACCACCCCCAAAAGGGGAAGAGCUACAUGGCAUAUCAUCUCCCUUAGAAAUGGCAGCUUACAACCAAGCCGCUGUCGAACUCCAAGGAAGCGAAGGUGGUAAAUACGCCAGCAAUAGCGAAAAAGGCGACAACUAUCAGCAAGCAGAAGGUGUACUGGAAAGCUAUCACCGAAACACUAUUCAGGAGAUGCUAAGUCCGCAAAACGGAUUAGACCAGAAUGACUACUCUCGGAGAACGUGGAACGAGAAGAGCUUGGGCAGUUUUAGCAGCAGAACCACAGAAAGCACAGCGUAUACUCUGGAUACUGCAUUAAGUCCUCGACACGAGGGCGGGGAAUACGACAGGAGGAAAUCAUGA